GCGCGCCGUCAGCACGGCACAUAACACCGUUGACCACUGCACGGUGUAUUAAAUUGCGUUGAACCCGUUGUUUCCGGAAACAUGGCCAGCAUUGACGUAUUGACAACCAGGUUUUCAUCCUAUGACAAAAUGUACAGUCAUGAUUUACGCGAGCAAAGCUUUGCAGACUGGCCGUUCAGAGAGGAAUGUAGCUGCACACCUGAGAAGAUGGCCAAAGCUGGGUUUGUCCACUGCCCGAGUGAGAAUGAGCCUGAUGUUGCGUGCUGUUUCUUCUGUCUGAUUGAGCUUGAGGGCUGGGAGCCUGAUGACGAUCCCUGGUCUGAACACAUAAAGCGCUCGCCUAACUGUGGAUUCUUAACCAUGAAGAAAGACUUCACGGAGCUGACUGUGGCUGAGUUCUAUCAUAUGGAAAAGGAGAGGCUUAAGAUCUACCUGAGAAAGGUUUGUCAUAAGAAGAUGGCAUAUUUGCGGGAUGAAAUAGACCACACGCUUGAGAGCCUUAAAUCUCGCUUGGACUCUAUAUGAGUGAACUGCAGCUUCCUGUCUAUCUGAUAUGAUUUUAUUGCCACGCUAAUCUGAAGCAUUUUGGUACGAGCAUGGUAGUCUUGACCCCUUAAUUUGACAUAAGUGUAGUUUAAAAUAUCAAUAAAGUUGUGAGGAAUAUUA